AUGUGCACGCCUGUGCCUUGGGGGUUGGAUUCUCUUCCUGAGUCCCAGGAGAAGCUGAAGGCGCUCCCAGCCAUGGAAGAACCUGAGGAGACGGGAGCAGAGCCUCUGGGAGCCACCAGCCUCAACUCUGUUCCUGGGCACCACCAGAAAGAAAAGCCAUCUCCAGACCCACUGUAUGACACACCUGAUGCCAGCUGGGCACAGGCAGGCAGGUCCCAACAGCCAGCACGCGCUGUGAGCCUGCGAGAGCGGCUGCUGAUCACCCGGCCUGUGUGGUUACAGCUGCGGGCCAAUGCUGCGGCCGCCCUGCACGUUCUGAGGACUGAGCCUCCGGGGACUUUCCUGGUGCGGAGAUCUAACACCCGCCAGUGCCAGGCUCUGUGUGUGAGGCUGCCGGAAGCCAGUGGCCCCUCUUUCGUCUCCAGCCACUAUAUCCAGGAGAGCCCUGGCGGUGGUGUCUGCUUGGAGGGCUCAGAGCUCGUGUUCCAGGACCUGGUCCAGCUCAUCUGUGCAUACUGCCAUACCAGGGACAUUCUUCUCCUCCCUCUCCGACUCCCCAGAGCCAUCCAUCAGGCAGCCACGCACAAGGAACUGGAGGCCAUCUCCCAUCUGGGCAUGGAGUUCUGGAGUUCCUCCCUCAACACCAAGAUCCAACAGAGGCCCUCCGAAGCCCCAGCCCCGCCGAUACCCAGGCUGAAGGCUCGGUCCCCUCAAGAGCUGGAUCAGGGCACCGGCGCAGCCCUGUGCUUCUUCAACCCCCUCUUCCCAGGGGAUCUGGGCCCCACCAAACGGGAGAAGUUCAAGAGGAGUUUCAAAGUGCGCGUAUCCACAGAGACCUCCAGCCCUCUGUCUCCACCUGCUGUGCCGCCUCCCCCUGUCCCCGUGCUGCCGGGGACGUCUUCCAGCCAAGCGGAAAGGCUGCCCCCUCGACAGCUGCUGCGGAGGGAGAGCUCGGUGGGGUACCGCGUGCCAGGAAGCGCUGCUGGCCCCAGCCUUCCUCCCCUGCCUUCACUUCAGGAGGUGGACUGCUGCUCCCCCAGCAGCUCGGAGGAGGAGGGGUCUCCAGGGGGCCCCUCAACCUCCCCGCGCCUCAGCCGCCCAAGGCAGCGAAGGCCUCUGCUUCGGUCCAUGAGUUCGGCUUUCUGCUCCCUGCUGGCACCGGAGAGGCAGGUGGGCCGGGCGGCCACGAUGCUAAUGCAAAACCGAUACACAGCUGUGGGUCAGCUAGUGCAGGACCUACUGACCCAGGUUCGGGCUGGUCCCGAGCCCCGGGAGUUGCAGGGCAUCCGCCAGGCCCUGAGCCGGGCCCGGGCCAUGCUGAGUGCAGAGCUGGGCCCUGAGAAGCUGCUACCCCCGGAGAGGCUGGAAUUGGUCCUGGAGAAAUCCCUCCAUCGCUCUGUUCUCAAGCCUCUUAGACCCAUCCUAGCUGCCCGCCUACGGCGCCGCCUUUCCACAGAUGGUUCCCUUGGCCGCCUGGUUGAGGGCUUCCGCCUGGCCCGGACCCAGGGGCCUGGAGCCCUCGGCUCCCACCUGAACCUCUCCUCCCCAGUGGAGACGGAACAGGUGCGCCAGAAGCUGCUGCAGCUGCUUCGCGCCUACUCACCUAGCGCCCAGGUCAAGUGGCUUCUGCAGGCCUGCAAGCUGCUCUACACAGCCCUGAAAACCCAGGCGGGGGAGGAUGCAGGCGCUGAUGAGUUCCUUCCUCUGCUGAGCCUUGUUCUGGCCCAGUGUGACCUUCCUGACCUCCUAUUAGAAGCUGAGUACAUGUCAGAGCUACUGGAGCCCACCCUGCUCACUGGAGAGGGCGGCUACUACCUGACCAGCCUCUCAGCCAGCCUGGCCUUGCUGGGUGGCCUGAGUCAGGCCGGGGCUCUCCCUCUCAGCCCGGCACAGGAGCUCCAGCGCUCUCUUGCCCUCUGGGAACAGCGCCGCCUGCCGGCCACCCACAGCUUCCAGCACCUCCUCCGAGUAGCCCACCAGGACCCCAGCACGGGUUGUACCUCCAAGACCCUGGCUGUGCCCCCAGGGUCUUCGAUUGCUGCCCUGAGCCAACUCUGUGCCACCAAGUUCCGAGUGACCCAGCCUGACGCAUUCGGCCUCUUCCUCUACAAGGACCAGGGCUACCAUCGCCUGCCCUCUGAAGCCCUGGCCCACGGGCUUCCAGCAACUGGCUACCUCGUCUACCGCCGGGCGGAGCGCCCUGACACCCAGGGGGCUGCAACAGAGAAGGCAAAGACAGGCAGCGAGAGGCCAGAGGCAGGAGCUCGGGAGGAGGAGAAAGGGGCCCAAAACAGUGAGGGGGAACCAGAGACAACUGUUGACCCCGGAGGCGAGGAUCAGGCCAGAGGAGGUCGUGUACAGCCAGGGGAGCAAAAGGUGGAGGGAAGCCAGGCUGCAGAAGCAUAGCUAGGAAGAGCCGAAAGGCUCCCCUGGACCCCGGGAGCCUCUAAAUCUGCUCUUCCCAGAUGCCAAGCUCCCUUUCCACCACAUGCGGUUCUCUGGUUUGUCUGUUCUCUAGCUGAUGACCUUCAUGAGUUCACCUGCUAGAGACCAGGGGCCUGGCCACAUAGAUAGGGCAAAGUUAAGAGUCGGGAGACUCCCAGACCCUGUGGCUGAGGCCCCUGGCUUUUGUUCCUCCAUAGCCCACAGGGAUAAGUGUGUCUGGUAAGGGAAAAAUCCAUCUGAUAGCCAAGUUCUGGUGCAGGGGGAGGGUGGUCCUGGCUUCUUUUGCCUCUCCCGUUGCCCAUGGUCACAGGAAGGCUUAUUGGAACCCCACGACCCUGAACGACUCUAGUCUCUCCUAGUUUCAGGGAAACAGCAGGAUGACAGUGAAGCUCCCCAGACAAACAGCCCUUCCCAGAUGUAGCACCUUGGUGUGCAAACAGGAUAGGACCGCUGUUCUGCAGGGCUCCUGGAAUGACCCAGGACCCACGUGGGUGGUUGUCAGCUAAGCUUAGGCAGGAGAAAGGGAGGGGAAAAAAUGGGUGUUAGCAGCCCCUUAAGGCACCUGCCUCUGCCAGGCAUGUCUCUCACCUAUGGCUUCUUCCCCAGUCAGUCCAGAGAUGGUUAUGGUCCUGGAGGUCAGGUCACAAGAGAGAAAGCAUCUAUGUUCCAGUCUUUCUUCAAGAUCAGAGCUCUACUGAGGCACCUCAGUACUUCUGGGGGAUUGGACCCCGGGAAGUGAUGCCCACGAGCGGGAACAGAACAGAGAGACAUGCUCCACAAACAUUGCCUUUGUACUCCGCUCUUUGGGCCCUUACAAACCCUUGAGGCGUGGUCUAGCUUGUGGGCCCCACUGCAGUGCAAAGAGGUAAUUCCCAAGAAAUUCCAAGAAUUCCCAAGCAAACUAGCCCUCAAGGCCAGGGCAGCGGUGAGAGGGAAACCCUCCGUAAAUCUGAGCAGAGAAAAAAAUGCCCACCAAUAGCCACAAGAGGGCACGCACAGCCCAAGAAGCUGCCGAGGGUGAAGCCCCACCCCGCCUAGGUGGGUGGGUGGGGGGUAGAGGGGUGGGGAUAAAGAAAAUUUAAGAGCAGAGGAAAAGUCGCUGGCCUUGUACUCUCAAGGCAGCCUGGGAAAUUCAGGGCAAAGGCCACUUGCAGUCAGAGAUUCUUAGGAAAGGAUUGUUUGCAGACAAAGGAGCCUCCCGGCCAGGCUGAGAGGUGCUCUUCCCAGGCCUUAAAGGGGGAAAAUGCCAGGACACCGACUCAAGUGUGACAACAGGGAGGCCGACUUUCACAUCCACAUCUAGUCAGUGUAGGGCUCCAAGCUAGUCCAGGGGCCACCGGUGUUCUUCCUUCCCCACUUCCGUGCCCCUCCCCGGCAGGGAAGAGUAUGUAUGAUGAGGAACAAGUCCUUCUGGCAUCUAACACCUGGCACAGGGAAGGCUGCCCUGGUUCCUUCCGCCCCUCUCAACCACCCAGGGAAGGCCGCAGACAAGGCUGCUGGGGCUUCAAGGCUCUGGACAACACUUCCUCUUUUUCCACGAGAUGCCCUUCCUCCCUCCCCGACGCUUUUGUACAGGAUGGAACACGCCAAGGUGCUCAAUAAAUGGUGUCGACUGACUGAGGCUUGAUAA